AAUUUGUAAAUUUAUUUGUAUUAUAUUCAUUUAAUUUUAAAUAAUUUUUUAUUGUUCAUGAGAUCCUAAAUAGUGGAUACUGUUAUUUUUAAACCAUUUAUCAAAGUUUUCACAGCAUGUUGAUUUGGAUUUAUAAAAUACUAAAAACCCGGCAUUUUAGCAAUAAACUUGACUAUUUUUAAUUAUGAAAAGAAAACUCGAGGAGGAAUCCAUUAAUUUAAUUGGUAGAACGGCUGCUGAGCGGUCUUUGGAUAGAAUUUAUAAUAGGCAAAGGAAAGAACUUAAAAAAUUAAAAUCAAAGGAACGUGAUAAAAAUCCACAUAUUGAAUUUAAUAAACCACUUCCUUUCCCCGAAGUCUCUAAUAAAGACAAGCCUACCAAGUCAGAUCCUGAUCCUACUGUAAAAUCAGAACCGGUUAAAAGAACGGUCAAAGAGGUUCUGGAGGAUUUGCGUAAAAAGCACAUUCCAAACAGAAACAAAUUCGCUAAAGGUGUGGCUCUUCUUUCUAAGUUAUCAAAUUCAUACUUCAGGGAAUCCUGCAAGGCUGAAACUGACGUUACUCACCUUGAGUUCUUCCAUGUUUUUAGCACAGUUAACGAUGUCUUUGUUAGGGAAUUCUCAGGAGUUGUUCCGAAAGACUGCUUCGAUGAGAAAGCUGCGCUCUCUUCCUUAACUGACAUCAUUGAUUAUCUACUAAGUUUCUCUAGCAAAGCUGAUUACGGAAGUGCCAAGACUCAGAGUAAUAAUGAAGCAAAGUCUGAGCAAAAUGUCACGAAACUCAGUACUGAAGAUAAAAAAUUAGACCGAAAUCACCAAAAUGAUGGGCUUAAAUUUACAACUGAAGAGAUUUUAUUUCUAACACUCCUAAAAAUCAGCUUCGGAUACUCUUCAUCACUAUGGUAUGAGAACGACCCGUUUGUUUUUCAUACGAUUGUAAAUAAUCUAAAGAAGUUUUUUGAGGAUUUUAUCUCUGAAACCAUGAAUGGAUUUGUACUAACUGAUUUAAACAGGCCGCUUAGUGACGGUUUUGACCUUCCUACAAGAGAUGAGCUCAUGACCCUCCAGCUCAAGUCGUUCGUUAGGACCCUUGCGGUUGUCUUCACAUUCUUUGAUUUCCCCUGGUCUAAGUCGUCUCUAAUUCCUCUAUUUAGCACAGUUUAUCUAAAACGAGAACUGUUUGAUGAAGCUGAUAAGACCAGGAUAUCCAGUUGGCAGUCUUAUAUUAAUGCAAAUAGGACCAAAGGCGCCAAGUGUGUUUUGGUUAAAAGCAUUGGAGAGUCAGGGUUCGAAGUUAGAGACGGUCGCGAGGAAAAGGUCGUUAGCGUCCACGGAUCGCAGGUCUGGAGUGACAGACACAUUGGACUUUAAAGCAUUAGUGAUAAAUCUUGUACACUAGCA